GUUUCAAGUUGUUGGGCACGUAUUUCGAUAUGGGCGGAAAUUUCAUCAACUCUCCCAAUAACUGCCAAGAUAGAGACUCUGGGAGGUUCAUAGAAGAAUGGAGUGAGCAGCGCGGUAUUCGUGAACAGCUCAUCAUCACUACAAAGUACACGGUGAAUUGCCAUAGAGGUAGGGAUGACAUCAAACAAAAGGUCAACUUCGUGAGGAACAGGGCCAAAUUUCUUUAAAACAGCGUCACUGUGAGUUCAAAGCAACUACGUACGUCGUACAUCGACAUUCUCUAUCUCCACUGGUGGAUUGGGAUACCUCAAUUGAAGAGGUGAUGGAUAACUUUCGUAAUAAUAUUCUUGUUUCGCAAAGCAAGGUUCUCUACCUAGGGAUCUCCGACACGCCUGCAUGGGUU